GCUCGGGCUUCUUUCUGCCGGUUGUCACCAGCUUCUCUUUCCAUUCAUUUCCUGCUUCUUGUUUGUGUCCGGAUUCCGUUUGCGUCUUCUCUCCUUCCUUUUCUCUACCGUACGAGUACGAGUACAGCAUAUAAUCCCCGUGUUUUUGGUGGGCACGCGGAUCACCGUUCGCUAGGAUCCACUCCCUCAGUCCUCCCUCUGCCCUCUGCCCUCUUUUUUUCCCUCCUGCGCCGAUACAAAACAGGGCUUGUCCUCUUUAUCCGCAUUGCACAGGCGGAGUAUGCAGCGAUAAUGUUUAUCGGCGGUGUUCGAUCUUCAAAGCUGUCGGCCCUUUUGGCCGGCACCAUCAUCUUCAUCAUUGUCUUUGCCGGCCUGGUUUACAACCACCUGGACUCGGCCGAACUGCCCAACAGGACGCAGCCAAACACAAACACGGGCGUCGUGCCUCCGGUAACGCCGCCUUCUGAACCCGUCAAGCCUGUCGAACCUGUCAAGCCCGUCGAACCCGUUAAACCCGUUGAACCUGUCAAGCCUGACACCAGCUUCCGCGAUGUCUGGUUCGAAGUCCACAAGCCUUCCAUCAAGCCCAACUCCAGCUUCUACCAACCCUAUGGAGCCUUCAAGUUCGACCUGAAGCACGACAUUCACUUCCCGGAGCCCCUCGGCAACGAUCUAUGCAUCAUCGACCUCGACAAUCGCCCCUUUGAUGCGCCUCAUCAGAUCUUUGGACCCGAUGUCAUGAGCUGGGAGAAGAACCCCGACAAGGUUCAUGGCCUGUCUGUUGGCGUGCUCAACCACUGGCUUUAUGCCAAGAUUCACGGUUACAAGUACUACUUUGUUGCCAUUGAGAAGCCCGAGGACCGCCGUGCUUCUUGGAAGAAGGCCCCUGUCAUCUCCACCAUCCUUAAGGAGCACAAGGUGUGCCUGUAUCUCGACUCCGACGCCAUCUUCCAGAACCUCGACCUUCCUUUUGAGUGGCUGCUGAACUACUGGGACCUCGACCCUCGUAACAACUCUCUUGCCCUGGCCGUCGACCCCAACCGCGAGUACAACAAGGACAAGUUUGGCAAGCUCAUGCUCAACACUGGCUUCAUUGUUGCGCAAAACAACGCCAAGACGUACGAAAUCAUGGACGCCUGGCAAGGAUGCCCCGAGGAGAACGGCAAGCACCCCGAAUGUGUCGAGUUCCGCACCAACUCUCCCGGCCGACCUACCGACCAAGGCGGCUUUGGCACCUUUAUUCGAUACGAUUUCCCCGAGGACAUUAGGCAGCUCGCCUGCACCGACGCCAACGGUUUCCCUAACAGCGAUUCCGAGUGUGAGGGUCGCUUCAUUCGCCACUUGUGGACUGGAAAGGACAGCUGGAUCAAGGUUUUUGUCGGCCAGCAGGUUCCUGGCCGCUAUCUCGAAAUGUUCCACAAAGAGUUCCUCGACGAGAAGCCUGAAUUCUACAUUACCGAGAAGGACCUCAUGGCCAGGAACCCACCCAAGGAAGAGUCGCGGGAACCAUCCCCAGAGCAGACUCAGGACCAGUCCCAGCAACAGUCUCAAGAGCAGUCUCAAGAGAAGCCUCAGGAGCAGUCUCAAGAGCAGCAGUCCCAACAGCAGCCUGAAGAGAAGCCAUGAAGCAGACUGCCUUGAUCCAAGAUGACUCCUCAUUAUUCAUUGCCACGACAGGAUUAAGAAAAUAUAUCUACACCGGCAUAUACCAAGCACUAUCUAAUACGGCCAUUUUUUCUUAUCGCUAGGCCAUCUUCGAUCCGUUUUCCUUGGCUUCUCGAUUGUCUUUUUUUUAUAUAUAUACGACAUGUAGGCAUAGGAGGCACAAGAAAGGGCUCAACAUUUUGUUUUGGGAAACGGGAACUCGGUGCAGGAAACACGGUUUGUAUAUAUAAUCACUGGGCUUUUGUUUGGUUUUAUUUGAUAAGCUUUACGAGGCGCCGAAAGACACGAAAGCGAAUCCGGGGAGGGAACGCGGAUGCAUCAUAGCUGAGUGAAUUAGCGGCAGCUGGCCAAGACACUGCCAAGUAAUAUUUACAAUGACUUGAUGACAU